ACUUUACUAACGCUUUUGCGGAUCAAUUGGACGUGUCGCUUGCCGUACAGUCCAAACAAUAAUGGCGGCCUCCUCGGAUGUACACGUCCGAAUUUGCGGGCAAGAAAUAAUUAAAUACGACUUGGAAAUAAAAGCUCUAAUUCAGGAUAUCAGAGAAUGUCCAGGUCCUCAAAGCGAGCUGAUGGAUUUAAACUCAAAAGUUAAAGAGAAAUUUGGUCAGCUCCGACUGCGGAUUCAGAACCUAGAGCAGAUUGGUAAGGAGCAGGACAAGGAGACAGACAAGCUCGCCAUCCUGAGCGAGACAGAGAGCCACCGUAAGCAGAUGCUGAGUAACCAGAUGGCAUGGAGGAAGGCUAACCUGGCCUGUAAGAUGUCCAUUGACAGAGUGGAGAAAGAUGAACUCCUCCUGGGUGGAGAUGCUUCAGUGAGACAGCGAAAGACAACCAAGGAAAGCCUGGCGCAAACAUCCAGUGACAUCACUGAGAGUCUGAUGAGCAUCAGCAGGAUGAUGUCACAGCAGGUUGAGCAGAGCGAGGAGGCCAUCAGCACUCUGGCCACGUCCUCCAGGACCGUGCUGGAGACCAACGAAGAGUUCAAGGCCAUGACGGGCACUAUUCACCUUGGGAGGAGGCUGAUCACCAAGUACAACCGGCGGGAGCUCACAGACAAGCUGCUGAUCUUCCUGGCCCUGGCGCUCUUCCUCUCCACUGUCCUGUACAUUCUGAAGAAACGGCUCUUCCCCUUCCUGUAGAAUUCCCCGUCCCAUCCCGUCCCGUCCCCUACACUUUGUUUGAAGUUCCGAGCUGUGGGAACGUUGGAAGGGGUGGGGGGGGGGGGGGAUUGUUUAUGAUCGAAGCUCAAAAUCUGUUAAAAGGAAAGAUCAAGAGCUCACCUGUCAGGCCAUUCCUUUUUUAUCUCAGCCUCUGAAACAGGAUGAGGAUUUUACGUUGGGGCGUUUUUACCAGUGAUUUCAAACAGCUUAAAGAACAAACGGUUUGCAGAAGCCAACCAAAGAAACGUAACAACAACAAAAAAACAUUUUAAAAAGUACAUGUCUUUUUAGGCAUAUUGUAUGUGAAGGCUGUUUUUCACAGAAAGCUUUGCAGUUUGAAACAAAAUGUGUGCUUUUAAGAAUAUGAAUUUAAGAGGAUGCUGGGUGGCUGAUCCUUUUAAGGAACUGUCCUAGUGCGUCAGGUAUUAAAUCCGGGCUGCGCCAGUGCCGACAGUCGCCUGUAGCCCUGUAGGGCGAUGCCCAACUGCUGCUUAACCACACCCUGGAAACGGAGGCCCUAACAGCGCCUCCUCGCACACCAGCGACCCCUGCUGGUCGACCGGGGGCCAGCAGGUCCGCCAGUGGAGCUGCACGUGAAGCGUCUUCCUCAGACUCUCGUACUCGAGCCCAAGUCGGUGGUCAAUGCCCAGUGACUGCACUUUCCUCAGUCGACAGCUGAACUUGCUGAUUAAUACGGCUGGGAAAUUAAACAUUUGGAGAAAGGGGGAGACUACCGUUGCAGGCUGAGGCCUAUAGGUUAUUCAUCUGUGACGCUGAUCUUUAUCUGUCAUUAGUCUGACAUGCCUUGGUCUGCAGGAGGGUACUCUAGCCCCACACCACCCAGGUAAACUGGGUUUAAAGGGAACUUCCAGAGCAGAACAUGUAUGGACUGUAUAAGAUAAUAAAGGAUUAGAUUGGAAGGUGACUUCUAGUAAUUGGCCAGUCACUUCUGGUUCUGGAAAGAACAAAAAGAAAAUCUCUCAUUUCAUAUGAGACUUCAACCAUAUCCUGACUGUCUGUGAGCCAGUACCAAAUGGGAGUUGGUGCCAUACUUGAAGAUGGCAACCUCAGAAUGAACUUCAGAGCAUGACAGCCUGUUCUGUCUCUGUUCCGGUUAGUUAUAUGGUGCUUUACAUUUUUUUCCACUAUCUUCUGUCUACUUCUACUCACAGGAAAAGAGACAUUGGCUUUCUGUAUAUUUUCUCGAUGGAGUACAUGUUAAAUUGGUUUUUCUAGAAGCCAAAAUUCUGCAAGAACAACUCAAUUUCUUUUUUUUUUAGGAGUAGGACUAACCUAAGCCACACCUGCCUGCCAGUGGCUCUGUUGCAACCGUUAUGGUGCAUUUUCUUAACAUCUGAGUUCCAAAAUCAAGCAAGUAUUGGAUCCCGAUUCCCAUCCCAUCCCACCCCCGGUAUAUUAUUUUGGCGUUUUGAUAAGUCUGUAAUGACUGCAAAUAUUUGAACGGUAACACAUAAAAUAUAGAAAUAUGUAACCUUUGCCCAAUCUAAUCUGGGCCUCUGUGUUUGGCACUGAUCCAGCUUGCGUGACAGGAAGAUUAUAACGGGAUCUCGUGCGCAUCAGAUAGCUGUAGCCCAGCGUCUGACCUCGCUGUCUGAGGUACUUGCAGCCAUUCUGUGCUCAAAACGUAAUUACAUUUUUUUGGGGGGGUGAGUCUGCCGCCACAUUCUACGCCAAUACUAAUUCUGCUAAAUGGCUUUCUUCUGAUAAACCAGAGUGGAGAAGCACAGUGGGGUUCAAUUGCGCUUUAUUCAUAUGUGCGUUUUUUCCCCUUUUAAUCGCUAUUGAUGUUUGGCUGUCCGGUAAUAUUUGUAAUUGACAGAAAAUUCUCUACCUCGUUCGGUAUGUAACAUGUAUAGCGCUUUGUCGUGUACAUGUGCUUGCCGUACCGAAUGCUUCAUUGAAAAUACUCGGGCCGAGUGGUAUACAGUUGGCAGUGUGUUCAUUACACGGCCCGGCUGUAAACUGAAACUAUUUUGCGGGAAGACCAUUAGUGGUCUGUAUGCCCUUCUAGCAACCAAUAGUCUUUUAAAUUGUUCUGGCAUUGGACCGUUAGAUGCGGCCACGAGACACGACAGACUUAAUCCAGCUCUCGGAUGACCGUGAAAGGCCAUUAGACCGCGUCCAUUUUCCUUCGGUUAAAAACAAAUGUUCUUUCCUCGGCCUUUUCUCUUUGUUCCGGUUAUUUGGGGAUGCCAUUUUAAGGCACUCUUGAAUUAAUGCCAAACGGCCUUACCUAAAAAUUACGCCUCCUAGUUUCGGGACGUGCUUCAGAGCUUGUCUGCCAGAAAAUGCAGUGUGAUGUAAACAGGUGCCUGUAUAUCCAGAAUUAACAAGACUGACGCUGGCUAUAAAUAACUGUGACAUCUAAAUUUCGGAACAGUAGAUGCCUAAUCUUUACAGCAAGUUGUCGAACUUAAUGUAUACUUGGUAAUUUGUAAUUUACAUUCAGAACAUGUAUGUUGUCUUUACUAAUAGAAUGUAUUUGAAGUAUUUAGACCUUUCAGUGCCUCAUGUGGAUACAUUUUGGAAAUUGCACAGGCUUAGCCCCUGAUUAGCCACUUGUGGGCUAUAUGCAGAGUUUCCUAUAAGAUCAGUUCUCUUCACUGUCUUAAGUAGUGUAAUUUCUCAGGAGCUGUUUUAGUCUUCUUUCCUAUUGCAGGAUUGUGUAAAUGUUAUAUAAUGUACAUAAACCGAGUAAAAAAAUAUUGAUUCAACUAG